AUGACACCACCGGCCAAUAUCGACCCUAAGGGCAUACAGGCUCAUCUGGCAACAUACAAGGGGGAACGCUACGUGGAGGGAUGGGCAUCGCUCUGGGAAAAAGGCGAUGAUCUGCCAUGGGAUCGAGGAUUCCCCAACCCCGCACUAGAAGACACUCUAGUUGAGCGUGUGGGCACUGUCGGCGGGCCACUCGCACAGCGAGAGGAUGGCACUUCUUACAGGAGGAAGGCUCUCGUUCCUGGGUGUGGUCGCGGGGUGGAUGUACUAUUGCUGGCAAGCUUUGGAUAUGAUGCCUAUGGGCUGGAGUAUAGCCCAGGCGCGGUCGAGGCAUGCAAGAAGGAAGAAGCAGCAAAUUUGAGUCGAUAUCCUGUGCGGGACGAAUCAGUUGGCAGGGGCAAAGUCACUUGGAUUCAAGGCGACUUUUUUGACGAUGCGUGGCUGAAGGCGAUCAAUGUUCCCCGGAAUGGAUUUGAUAUCGUUUACGACUACACGUUCUUUUGUGCUCUCAGCCCCGAAUUGCGACCCAAAUGGGCGCUUCGGCAUACCGAGCUCUUAGCUCCGUCCCCGGCUGGAAAUUUGAUCUGCCUGGAAUUUCCUCGUCACAAAGACCCCCUUGCCCCUGGCCCUCCAUACGCCUCCCCCUCAGAGGCAUAUGUGGAACAUCUGAGUCAUCCGGGCGAGAAGAUUGUCUACAAUGACAAGGGUGUCGUGAAAGCGGACCCGUUGCGAGAGCCAAGUCAAGUAGGACUCGAGCGCGUCGCUCACUGGCAGCCAGCACGAACGCAUACUGUGGGCCAGGGAGAGAAUGGAGUCAUCCAUGAUAGGGUCUCAAUUUGGCGAAGACGUGAUUAG